AUGGACAAGUCCAACUCCAAACCAAUUCAAUCUCCUCCCGCUCCUCGUUCACCAUUGCUUAUGCCUACGGCUGAACGGACACGCAGCGCGCCACAGCCACCAUCAAAUAGGGCACAGGCGUUGGGUCAAGCAAUCCAGGAGUCUCCACAGCAGUUGCAGCAGUACCAACCGCAGUUGCAACAGUCUCAGUCUCAGUCUCAGUCUCAGUCUCAAGCAGAAUCCCAGCCACCUCAAGCGCAGGCUCAAGAUCAAGGGCAAUCUCAACCCGAGCAAUCUGACUCUUCUCGUCGACAUCAUCGUCAUCGGCAUGGUCAAUCAGGCUCAUCCUCGUCUAGUCGAAACAUUAUUGCCGGGCAUUAUCAGAUUGCGCAAAAAAUCGGUGAAGGCUCCUUUGGAAUUAUAUUUAAGGGUUACGAUCUUUUGCGUGACAAUCAACCUGUGGCGAUCAAAUUUGAGAGUCGAAAAUCAGAGGCUCCCCAAUUGAGAGACGAGUUCAAGGCUUACAAGAUCUUGAGCAACGCCGUCAACAAUUACACUAAAAGUGGAGCAGACAUAGAUCCCGGGCAUACAAAAUAUUUGUCUCUUUUGGGGAUGCCCAAAGUGUAUUAUUUUGGACAGGAGGGAUAUUAUAACAUUCUCAUCAUUCAACUGUUAGGACCUUCGCUAGAAGAUUUGUUUGAGUGGUGUGGAAGAAGGUUCAGCAUAAAAACCGUGGCUCAAUGUGCCAAACAAAUGAUUGCCAGAAUCCAAUUUGUUCAUGAAAAUAAUCUCAUAUAUAGAGACAUCAAACCUGACAACUUCCUCGUAGGAGCUACGAGCGAUGAUAACACUAUAUACUUGGUGGAUUUUGGCAUGAUAAAACAAUACAGGAAUCCUAUCACCAAGCAGCAUAUACCCUAUCGAGAGCGCAAGUCUUUAAGUGGUACUGCACGAUAUAUGUCUAUCAACACGCAUUUGGGGAGAGAGCAGUCCAGACGGGAUGAUUUGGAGUCAUUGGGUCAUGUGUUCAUUUACUUUUUAAAGGGAGAACUUCCUUGGCAGGGUCUCAAGGCUCCCACAAAUAAACUUAAGUACGAGAAGAUUGGCGAGAAGAAACAAGCCACUUCAAUCCAGCAGCUCUGCGGUAGAUUACCUUCCCAGUUUGGCGAGUAUAUGGCUUAUGUUCGCAGCUUGAAAUUUGAAGAGCAACCUGACUACAGAUACCUUGUAUCUCUUAUGGAUUUGGCAUUAGCCAGUGUGGGAGAGACAGAUGACGGAAUAUACGACUGGAUGAAACUAAACGAUGGUAGGGGUUGGGAUUGGGCUAAGAACAAGAAGAUUAAUUUGAAUGGUUACGGCUCCAACAAUCGCAACAAACAGCACAGGUCCACCAGGGCCAUACCACCUAAUCAUUCUCAGUUACAAAAUUCUUUGAGCAGAGACAACUCUAAGAGUGCCUCCAAGUACAAUCCUGAUGUCUAUGGUAAAAUUAACGAGAAUACUGCAUUGCUGACUGGUCAGCUUCACUACGAUUCUUAUGUUAAUUCUUACUCUAGGCAACAACAGGAUCAAGAUAAUAAAGACAAUGCCGAAGGGUUCGGUGAUCUUAUCAUCACAUAG